AUGUCAGACUGGUGGUCCGUUAAAAUGUACGACACUGCGGUUGUCGAAGGAAGAUGCCAAGGAGGAGCCGACAUUGACGGCGCGUACAUGGCAAGCUGGAACUGCAACGAUUAUCAUUCCUCGUCGCCGUUCCUUGUUGUCAUCAAGAAAUGUGAAAGCUUUAAGGAACAUAAGAGUGACGGUACAGAGGUCGAUGUAUGGGUCAGCGAUCAUCACAAUUUUGGUGUAAAGAUGGAGUGGAUAACAGCCGAAGUUUUGAGACUUCAUAGUGAGGAGGAUUUGCAAGUCUUUAAGGCUAGAAAUAUAGUCUUUAAGAGAUAUGGUUAA